CGGGAGCGGGCGGGAGGCGGAGCGGCGCCGCGAGGGCCUCAAGGUGACACCCGCCCCCGGCCCCGGCCCCCCCAGCCCGGCCCCCAGCCCGCCUCCCCGCCCCGACCCCCUCCCCAGCCCCUCCCCGCCUCCCGCCACCCCCUCCCCCGGUGCCCUUCCCAGGCCCCCUCCCCCCCGGCCGGGGGGUGGGGAGCAGUGAGGGCCCCGCCCCCUGCGCCCCCUCCGCUGGGUCCCGCGCAGGAUGCCCCCGGCCCCUGGCAGCCCCCCGGGAGGUCCUGAGCUCGACGCACCCCCUCUACGCCAUGUCCCCCCCUGGCUCGGCCGCGGGAGAGAGCGCCGGCGGCGGCGGCGGCGGUGGCGGCGGCCCCGGGGUCCCGGAGGAGCCCACGGCGGCGGCGGCGGACGAGGGUCCCGCCCGAGAGGAGCAGCGUCCCAUCCAGCCCUCUUUCACCAAGUCCCUCUGCCGUGAGUCCCACUGGAAGUGCCUCCUGCUCUCGCUGCUCAUGUACGGCUGCCUAGGGGCCGUGGCCUGGUGUCACGUCACCACGGUGACCCGCCUCACCUUCAGCAGCGCCUACCAGGGCAAUAGCCUCAUGUACCAUGACAGCCCCUGCUCCAACGGCUACGUCUACAUCCCCCUGGCCUUCCUGCUCAUGCUGUAUGCCGUCUACUUGGUGGAGUGCUGGCACUGCCAGGCUCGCCAUGAGCUGCAGCAUCGCGUGGACGUGAGCAGCGUGCGGGAACGUGUGGGCCGCAUGCAGCAGGCCACACCUUGCAUUUGGUGGAAGGCCAUCAGCUACCACUAUGUCCGCCGCACCCGCCAGGUCACCCGUUACCGCAAUGGAGAUGCCUACACCACCACCCAGGUCUAUCACGAACGCGUCAACACCCACGUGGCAGAGGCCGAGUUCGACUAUGCUCGCUGUGGCGUCCGAGACGUGUCCAAGGCGCUGGUGGGGCUGGAGGGCGCGCCUGCCACGCGGCUGCGCUUCACCAAGUGCUUCAGCUUCGCCAGCGUGGAGGCUGAGAACGCGUACCUGUGCCAGCGCGCACGCUUUUUCGCCGAGAACGAGGGUCUGGACGACUACAUGGAGGCGCGUGAGGGCAUGCACCUCAAGAAUGUAGAUUUUCGCGAGUUCAUGGUGGCCUUUCCCGACCCGACCCGGCCUCCCUGGUACGCCUGCUCCUCGGCCUUCUGGGCCGCUGCCCUACUCACUCUGUCCUGGCCGCUUCGGGUGCUGGCGGAGUACCGCACGGCCUAUGCGCACUACCACGUGGAGAAGCUCUUCGGCCUGGAGGGCCCGGGCUCAGCGAGCAGCAUGGGCGACGGCCUGAGCCCCAGCGACGAGCUGCUGCCCCCUCUCACGCACCGCCUACCACGGGUCAACACGGUGGACAGCACGGAGCUCGAGUGGCACAUCCGCUCCAACCAGCAGCUGGUGCCCAGCUACUCGGAGGCGGUGCUCAUGGACUUGGCAGGACUGGGGGCACGCUGCGGCGCGGGGGCGACGGCCGGGGGUUACGCGCCCACCUGUCGCUACGGCGGAGUGGGCGGCCCAGGUGCAGCGGGCGUGGCACCUUUCCGGCGCAGCUGUGAGCACUGCCAGCGCGCCGUCAGCAGCUCGUCCAUCUUCUCGCGCAGCGCCCUGAGCAUCUGCGCCAGCCCGCGAGCCGGCCCGGUGCCGGGCGGCAGCGGUGGUGCCGGGGGCUGCGGGGGCAGCCGCUUCUCGCUCGGCCGCCUCUAUGGCUCGCGGCGGAGCUGCCUCUGGCGCAGCCGCAGCGGGAGCGUCAACGAGGCGAGCUGCCCCACGGAGCAGACGCGCCUGUCCAGCCAGGCCAGCAUGGGCGACGACGAAGACGACGACGACGACGAGGAAGAGGAGGCCGGGCCUCCGCCGCCCUAUCACGACGCCCUGUAUUUCCCCGUCCUCAUUGUCCACCGGCAGGAGGGGUGUCUGGGCCACAGCCACCGGCCGCUGCACCGCCACGGCUCCUGCGUGGAGACCUCACUGUGACCUGUGGUCGCUGGAGUGGCCCGCGCCCUCCGCCCUCCUGCCCCUCGUGGCCUGUGUGCACAGCACUACCCCCACCCCCGCGAGCAGCGCGGGAGGUGCAAGGUGACUUGAGGCUGCACGUGGAGGGAACGACUGCAAGGGAUAGGGACGAGGAGAGGGCGCUGGGUUCGGGGAAGGCCCGAUGGGCCAAGAACCCCGCGGAGCCCCUGUACAUAAAAACACGGGUGGCUGGGGAGAGAGGUGGACAGCGCCUGCCUCUAACAGCCCCUCAUCCCUAACGGGGCACCACCUUUCCGACGUGCACACUCGACCUCCCUUUCCACCCCCCACCCUCACUUCCACCCCAGGUCUUCUGACUGUUACUUGGCGACUGUACUGGAGAGGGAGAGGGUCUGUGUUGAUACUGGCUGACACUCCCUGGGAGGGAGUAGGGAAGGGAACCUGGGCUUCCCUUGUGGAGUUGCCUUGGCUACAACGGCAGGGGGCGUGGUUUGGUGAACAGCAGGGCUGGAUUCCCCUACUCCCACCCCCCACCCCCCCUACACACCUACG